UCACCUAAUCGCUAUCCGGAGCGCAAUUGACUUCACCGCCUACAUAAAUAAUCAAUUUAAUAAAUAACUCAAGAGAGAGAAAUAAAAAAGGCGUUUCUAUAACUCUUCCCCUCUUUUCUCAAUCUCUCUCCUCCGGCGAGCGACGACGACGAUAACGGAAGGAUUUACUCGUCGAAAAUGAAAAUCUUCGUCAAAACUCUUAAGGGCACUAACUUUGAGAUCGAAGCUGAUUCCGAUGAUUCUGUUGUGGAUGUGAAGAAAAGUAUUGAAAAAUCGCAAGGUGCAGAUGUCUAUCCUGCUAGCCUACAAAUGCUCAUCUUUCAGGGGAAGGUUCUCAAAGAUGCAACAACAUUGGGAGAAAAUGGUGUGGUUGAUUGCAGUUUCCUGGUUGUUAUGAUAAGUAAGAACAAGCCAGCUGCAGCUGGUGCUUCUUCUGUGUCUGCAGCACCUGCAGCACCAGCUAACCAGGCUCAGCCUCAGAGUUCGACAACGCCUGCAGCUGUUGCGCCAGCAUCUGUUGCACCUCAAGCUCAGACGCAAACUGCUACAGAACCUGUUGUUGCUGCACCUGCUGCACCUGCGGCUUCAGGUGACGAAAAUGUGUAUGGCCAAGCUGCGUCUAAUUUGGUCGCAGGAAGCAGUUUAGAGACAACCAUUCAGCAGAUUCUAGAUAUGGGUGGAGGGAGUUGGGACAGGGAUACAGUUGUUCGUGCUCUACGUGCUGCAUACAACAACCCUGAGAGGGCUGUUGAAUAUUUGUACAAUGGAAUUCCGGAGCAAGCUGAAGUUCCUCCUGUCGCGCGAACACCUGCUGCUGGUCCUACUGACUUGCAGGUUGACGAUCCCCUUGUUCAGGCUCUGAAUCCUCUUGCUGAGGCUGGGAAUCCUCUUGCUCAGGCUCCUCAAGCAGCUGUACCAGCAACUGGUCCUAAUGCAAGUCCAUUAGAUCUCUUUCCACAGGGCCUUCCUAACGUGGGUUCAACUGCUGGUGGUGCUAGCUCGUUGGAUUUCCUCCGCAAUAGUCAGCAGUUUCAAGCAUUGCGAGCUAUGGUGCAAGCCAAUCCCCAGAUAUUGCAGCCUAUGCUUCAAGAACUUGGGAAGCAGAAUCCGCAACUAAUGCGGCUCAUUCAAGAACACCAGGCUGAUUUUCUUCGCCUGAUUAAUGAACCUGUUGAAGGGGAAGGGAACCUACUCUCGCAGUUCGCCUCUGCAGUACCACCAACUGUAUCUGUGACAACAGAGGAGCGUGAAGCCAUAGGACGUCUUGAAGGUAUGGGCUUCAGACGGGCAACAGUCCUGCAAGUGUACUUCGCAUGCAACAAGAACGAGGAGCUAGCUGCAAACUAUCUUUUAGAUCAUAUGGACGAGUUUGAUAACGAGGAAGAUGAAGGCCUUUCCUAAGGCUAAUUGGGUUGAUAUCAUCGCUCGGCACACUCCGUUUUUACUGCGUCCCAAUAGAAGAUUUUCGUUUAUAAUUGUCAGGCGCGUGAGACGGUUAUUUGGAUUAGUUUCAAACCUGGGAUAUAUAUAUCGAAUGGGCUAGAUGUUAAUUUGUUCAGUUUUAUGUACAACUUAACCUUUUCAUUUUCAUUAUCUCAUAAAAUAUAGCUUAAGCA